AUGUUCCACCACGACGGGUACGGCGAUACGCGGCCGUCGGACGCGCCGCGCCGGUCGGCCUACGACUUUGAGCCGUCGCAGCGGCCGAGCGUCUUCACGGGCGUCGCCAAGGUGCUCGUGAUGCUCGUGAACCUCGUCUUCAUCAUGCUCGCGGGCAUGCUCAUCUACUUUACGCUCUGGGUCAAGAACAUUGGCGUCACCAAGAUGUUCCAGGCCAACUACGCCUGGGUGCAGAACACGACGUUCACCGUGCUCCUUGUCUUUGGCGUCGUCGUACUCAUCGUGUCGCUGGUUGGCUGCCUCGGCGCCUGGGCGCGCAACCGCGGGCCUUGUCAUCAACUUUUCCUCUUUGGCGCCAUCACGGUCGGCGGCUUUUACUCGCUGAGCACGGCCAACACGUGGGCCGACGCGCCGCAUACGCUCCAGGCAAAGGAAGAUAUCGUCGCCAAGGAGUUCAACAAGAUGUACUGCGACGGCCAAGUCGCCUACUACUGCUCCAUGGGCAGCGUAUCCGCGUCGCUCGACCUCUUUCUCCAAGAUGCGUCCUUGGUUGCGCUUGUGCGCCCGCUCUUUAGCCAGCUCCAGGGCUGGAACCAAGUGUGCAACUCGACGCAAAUGAAGAUCACCAACGUGGCGCUCGAGACAAAGCUCAAUCAAACCUGCGCGCUCUGCGCCAAGUUUGACUACGCCGACUACGCCGACUUUCUCACGUGGUCCCAGACCAACUGCUCGCUCAACGCCGUCUCGACAGCCUACUGCGUCACGUACCUCCAAAACACGACCAACCUCUCCGAGGCCUACUUUGAAGGCGCCCCAUACGGCGAGUGCCGAGGCAGCUUCCUCAACCUCUGGAAGUCGGUGAGCCGUGUCUUGGCCUACGGCGGUCUCAUCGUUGCCAUUGUCUCGCUCUCGAUCUUGAUCACGUCACUUGCGUUGCGACGGACCGUGCUCGAGACCUCCAAGAACAGCAUCAUCCAGUGA